GCUCACUGUAGAUCUCACCUUCGCCGAGCUGCGCUGGUGAUCAGAGUGUUUAACGAUUUAGUUUUUUGCAAACAGCUGUCUGUGUUUUGGUUAAAGUGUUGAAGAAGUUGUUCAACAGCUGACGAGAGGACUUAUUGCCGUCGCGAGCAAUAGGGUGGCAGUGAUAGUGUGUGCGAGAUAUAACGUGAAGAAUAUUUUUCUGGGAGGAACAUCAGAGCGCAGUGUUGCCAACCUAGUUUCGGGAGAGAUACCAGUUUAGAUCCGUGAAGAUGCGUGCGAUAGUGCUAGUGUCGGUCCUGUGCGCAGGACUUGCCUCUGCGUUCCCCCAGCAAGCCAUAGAUCCUGCCUACCUGCGUCAGUACUACCAGCAGAUUGCGUCCCAAGCCGGAGCCCAGGGCGGAGCGGCCCAGCAACGGGCUGAUGCGACCCCGAUCUACGAGCAGGGCGCCCAGGAGCAGCAGCACGUGCCGCAGUACCUCAGCCAGGGUCAGCAGCUCCGCGUGCGGGAUAAUGUGCAGGAUCAGAUCCAACGGCAGUACCAGCAGCCACAGCAACAACCGGCUCGGCCUCAGUACCAGCCACAAUAUCAGCCGCAGCAAAUCCAGUACGUCCAGGAGCAGCAGUACGCCCAGCCAAAGCAGCUGAAGGUGUCCAAGCCCCGUCCGGCCCAGCAGUACCAGUCGCUCGGCGGCGGCCAGAAGGAGGACGAAGAGGACUAUGACCAUAACCCGUCGUACCAGUUCGGUUUCGACGUCAAGGAUGACGAGUUCACCAACUACCAGAACCGCAAGGAGCAGCGCGAAGGAAACGUGAUCAAGGGCAGCUACUCCGUGGUCGACUCGGACGGAUUCAUCCGGACCGUCACCUACACCGCCGACCCGAAGGAGGGCUUCAAGGCCGAGGUGAGCCGCCAGCCCACCGACAUCGUCGUCAAGAUCCCCAAGCCCAUCCCGGAGUACCAGCAGCAGUCCGGUCCGGUCCAGCACCAGCAGCCCCGCAUCCAGUCUCAGCCCCAGAAGGUCCGACCGGACUACUCCCAGUACCAGUAGGGAGGUCCCAAGGCCAGAACGGCCGGAUACGACAAGACUUUGGAGUUUAGUUCCACUCUUCCCUAAUCACAUUCCCCUCAAACCCUAAAAAAAUCCAUCCAGAAAAUCUUCCCCAAGAUUUAGUAUCUCAUCGUGAAAGAAAAAGCUAUAAUUUAUAAUAUUGUAUAAUUAUAGAGAUAAUUUUAAUAAUUUUAUGUAAGAAGGAAACACCGUUAUCCUCGUACACACCAAUACGAACAAAUCGCAAAUUUGUCUUAAGCGUCCUCUGUGCAGGCUAGAAAACCCGCGUGAGUCACUACACAAAAAAAUAAAUUAAAAAUAACCGCCGAAAAAUCAAAACAAUUUAAUAUCGUCACCCUCGCGUGUGUACCCAGUUGUCAUACGUGAGCAAUUAGAGGGAGUAAAGCGCAGUGCAUUACCGCGUGCCUCAAUGUCUCACCGUCCGUUAAACCAAAAUACUAAAUUAUCUAUUUUUGCAACCACGCUGUGGGAAAAAAAAUCGGCAGAGGGGACACCUUACGAUGAACUUGUCUGAAAUUGUUAGUCAGCGUUUUUGAAUUGAAGCCAAGAGAAGAAAAGUAAAAUUCGUUAAAAA